CUCCGCACAUUCCUGGCAGAUUCUUUGGGAGUCUCUCGGCUCAGUCUCUUCUCUGCUGCCGGGAGUUGGGGAGUGAAUCCCGGGGAAACUUCCAGGAAACUGCCCUGCGACCCCCCAGCUGGAUGUGAGUGGGGUUCCCCCAAAUCCCCUCCAGUCACUGAACCCCCAGACUUGUAUGCUGAACCCCUCUAUUACCUGGAGCCUGACACCCCAAUCCCGAGCGACCCCCGACUUCCUGCACUGACUGUGCGCGACCCCUCGGCUGCUCUGGGCUCGGGACAAGACUCGGGAUGAUCCGGAGACUCAGGGGACCUGUGGCCCCUGGGGCCCCCCUGCUCCUGUUUGUGUCUCUGCUGCUUGUGCCCCCGGGAGUCGUGAGCUUCAGGGGACUGGAUGAAGUUAAUUUCCCAGACGCAGAAUCCGACACACGGACGGGACAGAACCACUGGCGUUACAGAGAUUUGGGCGACGAUGAAGACUUUGCGGCAGAUGAAGCCUCUGGGGAUGACAUUGGCAGUACAGAGACUGGUAGUGGCACGGAGGAACUAAGCCCUGCGACACCCCCUUCGCUUCUUACACCUACAGGUAUUGACACGUCACUGGCAGAGCCUCAGCUUGCGGGUAUGAGUGUCCCGGAGCAGGAGCCCUUCCUCAUUUAUUACAGGGCCCUGGUGAAUUUCACCCAGUCCAUAGAUUACACACCAGACCUGGAUAAUGUCUCUUCCCCGGAAUUCACAGAGUUGUCUGAAGCCGUCGUGGACACACUGGAAUCGGAGUAUCAUAAAAUUCCUGGAGAGCAAAUGGUCAGCGUCGUAUACGUCAAGAUCAUCGACAGAGAUACAUUUGUGGAACUGGAUGUUGGGUCUGAGGGCAAUUCCAAUGAUGCUGAGAUCCGGCAGGUGCUUUUCUCUGUCAUAGACAGUGGCUCCAUUGCUUCCUACAUAAUCUCAACUCAAGGGUUCCAGUUCCGCCGCCUCGGAUCAGUUACUCCCUCGGUGCGGCCAUGCAGAGCCGACGAGUUCACCUGCACCAGUGGAGACUGCGUACCUGCCGAAUAUCGAUGUGAUCAGCGCCAUGACUGCCGGGACAUGUCUGAUGAGUUGGGAUGCGAGAGUGAACCAAGUGUUACUGGGUCAGAAGAACCAAGAACUACUACUCUUGGCCCCAGGCCAGGUCCAGUCUCUACAGCCAGACCAGCAACUACCUCUGCCAGCCCUGUUAUUACUACAACUGCCUUCAAACAUGUCACCCCCAAACCACCUCCAGACUUUGAGGCACGGCAGUGCCGUAGAGAUGAAGCUCGGUGCCCCAAUGGGCAUUGCAUCCCCCGGGAUUAUCUGUGCGAUGGUGAAAAGGACUGCAAGGAUGGCAGCGAUGAAAUGCAAUGUGGCACCCCUUCCCCCUGCGAGCCCAACGAAUUCAAGUGCAAGAAUGGCCGCUGUGCCCUGAAGCUCUGGCGCUGUGAUGGCGACAAUGACUGCGGCGAUGGCUCGGAUGAACUGAAUUGCCCUACCAAAGGACCAAGUGACACCUGUGCCCCUGACCAGUUUGUCUGCGUUCAAGCUCGGACCUGUAUCCCUGCCAGUUACCAGUGUGAUGAUGAAGCUGACUGCCCUGAUCGCUCUGAUGAAGUUGGCUGCAAUCCACCCCAAGUCAUCACACCGCCUGAGGAGAGCAUUAUGGCUUCCCGCGGAGAGACCGUUCGCUUCACCUGUGUGGCCAUUGGCGUCCCUACCCCUAUAAUCACCUGGAGGCUCAACUGGGGUCACAUCCCUACCAGUAAUAGGGUCUCAAUGACCAGUGAGAAUGGGCACGGCACCCUGAUCAUUCGAGAUGUAAAGGAAGCUGACCAAGGAGCUUAUACCUGUGAAGCCAUUAAUGCCAAAGGCAUGGUGUUUGGUAUUCCCGAUGGAGUGCUGGUUUUGAAGCCACACAGAGGUCCUUGUCCAGAGGGUAGUUUCUAUGUGGAGAGCUCAUCCCGCUGUAUCCCCUGCUUCUGCUUUGGGGUGACUAAAGUUUGUCAGCAGACAGGGCAUUAUCGAAACCAGAUCCGACUCCGAUUUGAUGUGCCAGAAGAUUUCAAAGGAGUGAACAUCACUGUCCCCUCUCACGUGGGCAUCCCACCGCUGUCCUCUAACCAACUGCAAAUCGAUACAAGUGUGGAGGAGUUUCAGCUCGUGGACCUUUCCCGCCGCUUCCUGAGUAUUGACUCCUUCUGGACUCUUCCUGGCCAGUUCUUAGGGAACAAGGUGGAUUCAUAUGGUGGAUCGCUCAGUUUUAAAGUUCGUUAUGGAUUAACUCGUGGCCAGUCAGAGCCAGUAAGGAAACCAGACGUGAUUCUGAUAGGAAAUGGACGCAAACUGAUUUAUCGUGUGCAGACAUCUACCCAGCCAUCCAUUGUGAACCAGAGGAAAGUCCAGUUCACUGAGGAAAACUGGCAACAUGAGUCUGGUGCCCCAGUGACUCGGGAGGACCUUCUGAUGACGCUGCAGAACCUGGAAGGAAUCAUGAUCCAGACAGUGUAUGACAACAAGAUGGCGAGUGUGGGGAUAUCCGAUAUCGUGAUGGACACAACCUCAGUGGAAUAUACCCAACUUGGCCCAGCUGUGGGUGUGGAAGAGUGCAGAUGCCCUGGUGGAUACGCUGGUCUCUCCUGUGAAGUUUGUGCCGCACAGUUUGAGCGAGUCCCUGGUGGGCCUUUCCUUGGCACCUGUUCUGGGUGUAACUGCAAUGGGCAUGCCAGUUCCUGUGAUCCUGUGAGCGGGUAUUGUCUGAACUGUCAGCAUAACACAGAGGGGCCACAGUGCAAUAAAUGCAAAGCUGGUUUCUUCGGGGAUCCCACUAGAGGUGUUCCAGAUGCUUGUCGGCCAUGUCCUUGUCCACACACCGACCCAAGACGCAGGUUCUCAGACACGUGCUUUAUGGAUGUGGAUGGACAACCCACGUGUGACAGUUGUGCUCCAGGGUACACCGGGAGGAGGUGUGAGAGAUGCGCUGAGGGAUAUGAUGGUCGCCCAAUGCAGCCUGGAGGCCGAUGUGAACCUGUUGGGAACGUCUGUGAUGUGAAAGGGGCGCUCAGCACCAGCGACGGCUCCUGUGUGUGCAAGGCUCAUGUUGAAGGAAACUUCUGCAGUGAAUGUAAAAGUGGCACUUUCUACCUCAGCGAGAAGAACCCCGAUGGCUGCCUCAAGUGUUUCUGUAUGGGGGUCACCAGACAGUGCUCCAGCUCCUUCUGGAACCGAGACCAGGUUAGCUCCACAUACGACAGCCAGGACCGGGCGCUCUUUACCAUCUCCAAUGCCGGCAGCACCCGUACGUUGAGCGAAGGCAUCAGAGUGACUGGCCCUUCAGAACUGACAUUCAGCAACUUCCUUAACGUCCCUCAAGACGUUUAUUUCUGGGUGCUUCCGGAUCGGUUUAAGGGCGACAAGGUGACGUCCUACGGGGGGGAACUUCGCUACACCAUCACCUUUGAAGCUCCCGCUGGAUCUCAACCUCUGUACAACCAACCAGACGUGGUGCUUCAGGGCAACGGCAUCUUCCUGGAACACCUGUCAAACACCAGGACAGCUCCCGGCUUCCCCAUCACCAUUACUGUCCCAUUCCGCGAGAGGGCAUGGAGACGUGCAGAUGGGCAGGAUGCCACCCGGGAGCACUUACUGAUGGCCUUGGCAGACAUUGACCUACUGAUGAUCCGCUCCUCGUAUGCCGAGAGGAUGGUGGAGACCAGGAUCUCUAAUAUUCACAUGGAUGUCGCGGUGCCAUUUCCAACUGAUCGGCAGAGGGCAGUGGAAGUGGAGCAAUGUGUCUGCCCCCCGGGUUAUAAUGGACCGUCCUGUCAGGACUGUGACACGGGAUACACCCGCUCUACCUCUGGUCUGUACUUGGGCACCUGUGAGCGCUGCCAGUGUGGGGGCCACUCGUCCGAAUGUGAUCGGGAAACUGGCGAAUGUUUGAACUGCCAGGACAAUACGGAGGGCACCAAGUGUGAGAAGUGCAAGUCGGGAUUCUACGGGGACCCCACCCGCGGAACCACUGGAGACUGCCAGCCUUGCCCGUGCCAGGGAACAUCUGCCCAGUACUUUGGGACGUGCUUUUUGGACAGAGACGGACUCCCCACUUGUGACUCCUGCCCCGUUGGCUAUGCUGGUCGCCAGUGUGAAAGGUGUGCCCCGGGAUACAGAGGAGACCCAGCACGAGGGCAGCCCUGCACAGCAGACGGAAGCAGCUCGUGCCCAUGUGACCUGCGUGGAAGCGUCAGUGAUAAGUGCGACUCCCGGAGACAGUGCGAGUGCAAACCCAAUGUGGAAGGUUCUUCCUGCGGAACUUGUCGCCCCCAAUAUUUCCACCUCAGCACAGAGAACCCCGAGGGAUGCCUCCCCUGCUUCUGUAUGGGGGUGACCCAGCAGUGCUCCAGUUCUACUUACCACCGAGAGCUGAUUUCCACCCCGUUCCUACCUGGAAACUUCCAGAACUUUGCUCUGAUCAAUCGGCAGCACAGCUCCCGCAUCACUUCCGGCUUCACGGUGGAAAUGUCCACGCACGGCCCCCAACUCACCCACGGCUCCUUCGAUCAGCUGGGACAGGAGUCCUACUACUGGCAGCUCCCCGAGGGGUAUCAGGGAGAUAAGCGGGAGAUGUACUUUGCUCGGAUGCGUCGCGCACACAAGCAGAACGACUCUUCUCUGAGCGAGGAGGAACUGAGGAAGAAAGUGGCAUCUGGGCAAAUGGAAGAAUCUCCUGCCACCCGCACUCGCCCCCGCCGUCAGGCCAAGAUGGAUGAAAAACAGAAACAAGUUGAUAGUGAAAUUUGGAAUCUUCUUUCUGGCUUCUCCUCUGCGUCUCUUCCUAAGGCUUCUCCCCCCAGUACUACCCACAAUGAAUCCCAGGGAACCCCAAUUCCUCCUCCUGCCUCCUAUGUUGGUCCCCCUGGUGCUUGGUCAGAGCUUCCUCACCAGAUUAGAGAACGUCCCAUAAGCCAGUCUGGUGCCAACACUCGCUCUUUCCCUGAGGCCGGCCCACCUGGGCACGCCAGGAAGCAGCAUGCCAGCCAUGAGGCUCCGAGUGGAGAUUCUCCGCUUCGCUCUCAGGCACAAGAUUCCACCAACUUCCUUUUCCCUCAAACAACGAGGCUGAGAGGGUCGGAGAAGUUUUCUCUUGUCUACAAGGGCUUCUCUCUGCUCCCAGAAGGGGUCUUCUACUGGCAGCUGCCCAAGGCUUUCCUGGGGGACAAGGUUGCGUCAUACGGUGGGAAACUCCGAUACACACUCACCUACAACGCCGGGGUCAGGGGAUCCGCUCUGCCAGACGCUGAUGUGCAGAUCACGGGCAAUGACAUCACUCUGGUGGCUUAUCAGCCCGAGAUCCGACCCCGCGAGAGCAAAACCUUUGAGAUUGUGUUCCGAGAGCGUUUCUGGAAGCGCCCAGAUGGGCAACCAGCCACCCGGGAACAUCUGAUGAUGGCUUUGGCCGAUCUGGAUGAGAUAUUGAUCAGGGCCUCCUAUUCCACGGAUAUGUUGUCCUCCAGUAUCACAGGGGUGAGCAUGGAGACCGCCGGGCCUUCUUAUACCAACCUUCCCCAAGCCCUGGAGGUGGAGGAAUGUCGCUGCCCUCCCGGGUACCAAGGGCUCUCAUGUCAGGACUGUGCCCCCGGCUACACCCGCACGGGAGGGGGUCUGUACCUCGGACACUGUGAGCCGUGUUACUGCAACGGACACUCGGACUCCUGCCACCCUGAGACUGGCGCUUGCUCAAACUGUCUGCACAACACUGUGGGAGAGUCAUGUGACCAGUGUGCUCCUGGUUUCUAUGGUGAUGCCUCAGCCGGUACCCCAGAAGACUGCCAACCUUGCGCCUGCCCACUGACUAACCCAGAGAACCAAUUUUCCAGGACCUGUGAAAUUUUGGGCACUAGUGGGUACAGAUGCACAGCGUGCCAGCCCGGGUACACAGGCCAGUACUGUGAGCGAUGUGCCUCCGGUUAUACUGGAAACCCCAACAUCCAGGGGCAGAAAUGUGUUCCUGAGGACAGCAGAUCUAAGCUUGUAGUGAGGAUCCACCCCCAGAAAGCCACAGUUACUCCUGGUGGAGACAUUACUCUCCGAUGCCAUGUGACCGGGAAUGCUCCUUUCUAUUUCUAUUGGUCGCGGGAAGAUGGACGACCUAUACCUGCCAGUGCCAAGCCUCUCGGGGAAGGGGAGAAUCUGCAUUUCUCCAGGGUGCAACCAACUGAUUCUGGAGUCUACAUCUGUACCUGCAGAAGUCCUGAGUCUGUGAACACCAGCAAAGCAGAGAUCGUAGUUUCUGCUGCCCCCAGUAAACCCAUCACGGUGACUGUGGAGGAGCAGCGGGUACAGACUGUGCGCCCAGGCUCAGAUGUCACCUUCAUAUGUACAGCAAAGAGCAAGUCUCCUGCCUACACUCUGGUUUGGACUCGGCAGCACAACAGAAAGCUCCCAGAUCGUGCCAUGGACUUUAAUGGCAUCCUGACCAUCCGCCGAGUGCAGCCGGAAGAUGCGGGCAUUUAUGUUUGCACGGGCUCUAACAUGUAUGACAUGGAUGAGGGCAACGCCACGCUGUAUGUUCAAGAGUCUUCCCAGACCCAGAUGUUUUAUGGACCAUAUGAAACGUUUGAAGGACACCGGCCCUCUGGAACCACCACCUCCCCCAAUGCCGCGGCUGAACCCAGGCAGCUGACGGUCCAAAGGGGUCAAUCGGCAGAAUUCCACUGCACGGCGACUGGGAACCCAACACCCACCGUAGAAUGGACAGGAGGACCCAAUGGAGGACUUUCUUCUAGAGCCAUCGUCCAAGGAGGGAUCUUGCGUUUCCAAUCUGUGGAGCCUUCAGACGAGGGGCAAUAUACGUGCCGGGUGCAAAACAGCGUGGGGCAGCACUUUGCCAGGGUCAACCUUCGAGUGCAUAGUGGCAGUUUGCCGGAAGUGCAGGUGAGCCCAGAAAGGACAGAAGUGAGGGAAGGAGAUACCGUACGGCUGUACUGCAGAGCCGGAGGAACCCCCACAGCCACCAUCUCCUGGAAGAAGGAAGGAGGAGACCUGCCCUCACAGGCUCGCACAGAAAGAACGGACAUUUCUACUCUUGUCAUCCCCUCAAUAUCUGCAGCUGAUGGUGGUACCUACCUCUGUGUGGGAACCAGCUCUGCAGGGUCAUCGCAAGCCCGAAUUGAAGUGAUUGUGAUUAGAGUUCCCGUUCAUGGUCCAGCCUUGAGGAUUGAACCCUCAUCAGACACGAUCAUCGAGGGGCAGUCUGUUGAGCUAAACUGUGCAUCACCUAAUCCAUAUGUUACUGUGACAUGGCACCGGGGCGGGGGGCAGCCUCUCUCACCAAACCAUCAGGCCUAUGGCUCACGGCUGCGCAUCCUGCAGGCUUCUGCCGCCGACUCUGGAGAAUACAUCUGCCGGGUGACAAAUGGUGGAAGCACCCAACAGGCCUCCAUCGUCAUCACCAUCACCCGCUCCUCGGGUACCCUUCAACCCUCAGGGAACGUUCCUGCCCUCCGCAUUGAGCCUUCCUCAGACAGACUGGUCGAGGGACAGACUUUGGAACUGAAUUGUUUGUUCCCCAACUACCCCAAUGCUGUGGUGACAUGGGACAGAGCAGGAUACACUCUCUCUCCAAAUCACCAGGUAUCUGGCUCCCGCCUGCGUAUCCUAAAGGCUUCCGUGGCCGAUUCUGGCGAGUAUAUCUGUCGAGUGACCACUGGCUCUCUAACCCAGGAAGCAUCAAUCUUGGUCACCAUCACCCGAGCGUCGGGCCCAGCCUUGCCAUCGGGUAAUGGUCCAGCUGUUAGGAUUGAAUCUUCUUCAGGACCGGCGGUUGAAGGACAAACUCUUGACUUGAACUGCAUGGUUGCUGGACAGCCCAAUGCUGUGGUUACUUGGGAAAGAACUGGUCGGCCACUCUCACCCAACCACCAGGUUUUGGGUUCCCGUCUACGGAUCCACCAGGCCUCAGUUGCAGACUCAGGUGAAUACAUCUGUCGGACCACCACUGCAGGCACCACCCGUCAGGCUUCCAUCAUGGUCACCAUCACCCGCCGCACAAGCUCCAGCCACUCUUCUCUCAUCACUCCAACUAUCAACAUAGAGUCUACGUCUGACUCCAUAGCUGAGGGUCGAACAGUUGUGCUGAACUGCGUUAUAGAAGGCAGACCACAUGAAGAGGUCACAUGGUACAGACCAGAUCAACCACUUGCACCCAAUCACCAGGUUUCUGGGUCCCGGCUUCAGAUCAUUCAUGCAUCUCCUAAGGAUUCUGGAGAAUACAUCUGCCGUAUACACAGUGGGUCUGGGGUUCAGAUGGCCUCCAUCAUGGUUUCUAUAGAAGGUUCCUCACUCAACACAGGACUCCAAGCUCCCAUUCGGAUCGAGUCCUCCUCUGAGGCCGCUGAAUUGGGACAGACUAUAGAUCUCAAUUGCUUGGCUGAUGGGCGACCAGGGGCUGUGGUUACCUGGCACAGGUUAGGCGGGUUGCCUCUAGCAUCCAACCACCAGGUCUCUGGUUCCCGAAUGCGGAUCCUCCAAGCCUCUCCCACCGACUCCGGGAUAUACAUCUGCCGAGUAAGCACCUCCUCGGGGUCCCAGGAAGCUUCUAUCACCAUCAAUGUGCAGAGUUCUGUGCAAGUGCCCAACCAGUUCCCUCACCCAAUCCUCAUUGAGAAGUCGGCCGAUGCAGUAAGCGAGGGGCAGACAUUGGAACUGAACUGCAUUGUUGUGGGACAACCACAAGCUCCGGUCUCCUGGCACCGUACUGGGGCCCCUUUCUCCUCCAACCACCAGAUCUCGGGAUCCCACCUGCGCAUUGUCCAAGCCUCCACGGCAGAUUCGGGCCAAUAUGUCUGUCGCCACGACACAGGCACAGGGGUACAACAGGCCUCUAUGUCCGUCUCCAUUCUGUCCGGAGCCGCCUCCUCCUACCGACUCCAGAGCCCCGUUAUCUCCAUUGACCCACACAGCGCCACCGUGCAGCGGGGACAGAAUGCCACCUUUAAGUGUCGGAUCCAUGACGGUGCCAAACCCAUCCGUGUGACUUGGCAGAUGAGACAUAAUCAGCCCAUGGAGGACAAUGUGCACAUCAGCCCCAAUGGCUCCAUCAUCACUAUAGUUGGUGCCCACCAUAAAAACCAGGGGUCCUACCGCUGCAUGGCUUCCAACGCCUAUGGCAUGGUACACAGCUCCGUGAACUUAGUGGUAGAAGGGCGCCCCAGUGUUUCAGUGAUUCCGCAGGGGAAAAUCAGGGUGAAAGUGGGUGAGCCAAUCAAUGUGGAGUGUAUGGGCAUAGGAGAUCCUCGUCCAAUCGUCAGCUGGCGUCGUACUGGAGCCAGAGAGAACCUGAAACAGUACAAGUUGGGAUCUCUGGACGGCACUGCGGUUCUGCAGAUUCCAUCAGCCAAGUCAGCGGACUCCGGAUCCUACACGUGUGUCGCACUCAACCCAUUCGGUUCCACACAGGUCCAAGUAGAGGUUCUUGUUGAAGGUCAUGUGGAAAGUCCAGAGGCCCCCCUUCUUGUAUUGGCAGACAAACCCUUGCACGUGGUGGUGGCUGGUGGCCAAGCAUCUCUGAACUGCACGGCUUCUGGAAACCCAACUCCCACCAUCACAUGGUCCAAACUCCGCGCGCCCCUACCCUGGCAGCACCAAGUGAUCAACAACACCCUGAUCAUCCCUAACGUGGCUCAGCAGGACUCGGGCCAGUACAUCUGCAACGCGUCCAACGCCAAUGGAUUCGCCGAAAUUUAUGUGACGCUGGAUGUGGAAAUACCAACCUACGCCACCACCUUCCCACAUGAGACAUCUGUGAGCACUGGGGAAUCCAUUAAGAUUCAGUGCCUUUCCCAUGGGACCCACCCACUCAAAUUCCAAUGGAGUAAAGUAGAUGGGACCCUCCCUGACCAAGCCAGCAGUAGAGACGGUGUCCUCCAUAUUGAUCGGGCGUCUGCUUCGGACUCCGGCACCUACCGCUGUGUGGCGAGCAACAAAGUGGGCAGUAGCGAGGCCUUUGCUCAGGUCACCGUUUCUGGGAAAGGAGUCGAGACAGGCCGCCCUACAGCAUCCAUCAUUCCUCGUGGACCCAUCAGGGUGAAAGUGGGGCAUCCCAUUUACCUGGAGUGUAUGGGUAAAGGUGAUCCACGUCCAGUCGUCAGCUGGCGCCGAACUGGUACCAGACAGAACUUGAAGCCCCAGCAGUUGGUACCACUGGACAGCAAUGCAGUUCUUCAGAUUCUAUCUGCAAGACCAGAGGACUCCGGAUCCUACACGUGCACAGCCCAGAACCCAUCUGGUUCCACGCAGGUUCACGUUGAGGUCCAUGUUGAAGGUCAUGUGAUAAACCCUGGAGCCCCUAAGGUGACGGCAGACCAACCGUUACUUGUGGUGGUAACAGGAGGCCGAGCUACUCUGAGCUGCAGGGCUGUAGGGAACCCAGCUCCAAAAAUCACCUGGUCCAAACUCCGUGCCCCUCUCCCCUGGCAGCAUGAAGUCGUUAAUGACACAUUAAUUAUCCCAAAAGCUGCCCUGCAGGAUUCCGGCCAGUACAUCUGCAACGCGUCCAAUGCUGAAGGCUACUCAGAGGUUUUCAUUACCCUCGAUGUGGAAACACCACCUUAUGCCACCACCCUUCCGGAUGAGGUGUCUGUAAGUGUUGGAGAGGUGGUUCAGAUUCAGUGUCUCGCCCAUGGUACCUCCCCACUCAAGUUCCAAUGGAGCAAAGUAAACGGAUCACUCCCGGACCGAGCCACCGUACGUGAUAGCACCCUCCAUAUAAAUCUGGCCAAAGCAACUGAUGCUGGAACCUACCGCUGUGUGGUCAGCAAUAAAGUGGGCAGCAGCGAGGCAUUUGCUCAAGUCAGCAUUUUGGCGCCUUUUGCUGUCAGAGUUUCCCCCCUGAUUGACACAAAGCCCAUAAGCGGAACAGCAGAGUUCACCUGCACCGCCAUUGGAGACCCCCAGGCACGGAUCCAGUGGUUUAAAGAUGGAGGCCAGUUGCCAGCGGGACAUCAGGUGCAAGGAGGAGUGUUACGAAUCCCCAACCUGGAAUUUGGCCAUGAAGGGACAUACACAUGCCGCAUAUCCAGCCGAUUUGGGCAAGCACAGGAGAGUGUCAAAUUGGUCCUUCAAGCUUUGCCCAAAGUGAGGAUUAAUAUACGCACCUCCGUGCAGACGGUGUUGGCUGGAAAUUCCGUGGAGUUUGAAUGUCUUGCCCUCGGGGAUCCUCGAGCCAAGGUGACGUGGAGUAAGGUGGGCAGCCGCUUGCCUUCCGAUGCUGUGAUCAGUGGUGGCACUCUAAGAAUUGAGCAAGUGAAACAGUCCGACGCUGGGCAGUACCGAUGUACCGUAGCCAAUGAUGUUGGAGAGGUGCAAUCCCAUGUCAUUCUUCAUGUUCAAUCUGUACCACAAAUCGCUGCCCAGCCAGAGAUGAAGGAGAUCACUGCAGGUUCCACGGCAGUUUUCCCUUGUCUCGCCUCUGGUUUCCCUGUUCCUGACAUCACAUGGAGCAAGUUGGAAGGAGAACUCCCCAUUGAUCACCAAAUGGAAAACAACGUUCUGACUAUUCCGUCGGUGAAACCAGAGGAUGCUGGGACAUAUGUAUGUACAGCUGCCAAUCGUCAGGGUCGUGUCACUGCCUUCUCCAUGCUGAAGGUUCGAGAGCGAGUGGUGCCCUAUUUUACUGGGCAACCUCAGUCUUAUCUCACCCUCCCGAGCAUCAAGGACGCUCACAAGAAACUUGAAAUCAAGAUCACCUUCCGGCCAGACACUGCUGAUGGCAUGCUGGUCUAUAGUGGGCAGAAGAAGAGCAAUGGGGCUGAUUUUGUCUCCUUUGGUUUGGUGGGUGGACGCCCUGAAUUCAGGUUUGACGCAGGCUCAGGAAUGGCCACCAUUCGCUACCCGACUCCCAUCUCCCUGGGUGAAUUCCACACUGUGACCUUGUAUAGGAACCUGACCCAAGGCUCUCUGGUGGUGGACAAGCAUGUGCCUGUGAAUGGCACCUCCCAGGGAAAAUUCCAAGGUCUGGAUCUGAAUGAAGAGCUUUUCUUGGGGGGUUAUCCCAACUACGAUUUCAUCUCCAAAACUGGCCUAAGCAGCGGCUUUGUUGGUUGUAUCCGCCAGUUGGUCAUCCAAGAAGAAGAGGUGAUAUUCAAGGACCUGGACCUGAGCGCAAGUGGCGUCUCCAACUGCCCCACUUGUAGAGACCGACCCUGCAAGAACAGAGGAACGUGUCACGACUCCGAGAGCAGCAGUUACGUGUGCGUCUGUCCCACGGGUUUCACUGGGAGUAACUGUGAGCACUCGCAGGCCCUGCACUGUCACCCAGAAGCCUGUGGCCCUGAUGCCACCUGUAUAAACCGAGCCGACGGCCAAGGAUACACCUGCCGCUGCCACCUGGGCAAGUCUGGAGACAAAUGCAUGGACGGUGUUAUGGUGAACACCCCAACCUUUAAUGGUGACACCUCCUACAUCUCCUACCCACCUCUCACCAACAUCCACAAUGAGCUCCGUGUAGACCUGGAAUUUAAGCCAAUAUCUUCAGAUGGGCUUCUGUUCUUCAGCGGAGGGAAAGCUGCCCCCGUGGAGGAUUUUGUGUCCAUUGCAAUGGUGGGAGGGUACCUGGAAUUCCGUUAUGAACUUGGCUCAGGGCUUGCAAUCCUGAGAAGCUUGGAGCCAUUAACCCUGGGCCAGUGGCACAAAGCGACAGCAGAACGAGUGAAUAAGGAUGGAACUCUGAUAGUGGACAGUAGUGACCCAGUAAAGAGGUCCUCUCCAGGGAAGAGUCAAGGUCUUAACCUGAAGACCUUGAUGUAUCUUGGGGGAAUAGAUGGUUCUGUGGAACUUCCUAGCGCCAUCAAUAUUAGUCGUCACUUCCAGGGCUGCAUAGGAGAGGUUUCCAUAAAUGGGAAAAAAGUUGACAUUUCCUACAGUUUUAUUGAAAGUCUGGCCAUUGGGCAAUGCUACGAUAACAGCCCCUGUGACCGUAUGCCCUGUCUGCAUGGGGGCCGCUGCUUGCCCACCGGGGAGUACGAGUAUCAGUGUCUGUGCCUGGAUGGAUUCAAGGGGGAUCGGUGUGAGAUGCAUGAGGAUCACUGCCAGAUACACAACCCCUGUCUCAAUGGCGGCAUCUGCAAGGACAACCGCUGCCACUGCCUUUCUGGAUUCUCUGGAACAAUCUGUGAGCAUGGACGCACGGCUGAAACUGUGGAUCGUGAGUGGCCGGUGGAAGGGAGUGGGGGGAAUGAUGCCCCUGGACUCUAUGGAUCUUACUUCUCUGAUGACUCUUACAUUGCCCUUCCUAAACAUGUCUUCCCGAGAAGCCGACCAGAUGCUCCAGAAACCAUAGAAUUAGAGGUCAGAACCACCUCCUCCGAUGGAGUGAUCCUGUGGCAGGGGAUGGUCUCUCAUAGUUCUGAGAAUCAUCUGCUUGGCACUAACCAGGAGGAGAAUGAACAGGGCAAGGGGAAGGACUUUAUCAGCAUGGGGCUUAAGGACGGCCAUCUUUUGUUCAGUUACCAGUUGGGCAGUGGAGAGGCCAAUAUCCGCUCUGAAGAUCCGGUGAAUGAUGGGGAAUGGCACCGAAUUGUGGCUGUACGGGAAGGAAAACUGGGUUCCAUUCAGAUUGAUGGAGAAGAUUCUGUGAGUGGGGCCUCACCUGGCAGAAACAUCAUGGUUAACACAAAGGGCAGUGUCUAUCUAGGCGGAGCCCCCAAUGUAAAGACUCUCACUGGCGGAAAGUUCUCCUCUGGAAUCAGCGGAUGCAUCAAGAACCUGGUGAUUCUAAACGCCAGACCUUCCCAGCAGUUUCAACAACCAAUCGACUUGAAGCAUCACGCAGAGGCGGGGCAUAACACCAAAGAGUGCCCCUCAUAGGCCAGGGUCGAAUUUUCCCUCGCUGGCGCCAUUUGGCCAAUCUAGAGACACUUGUUUAUUUUGUUUUUAUUUUUAAAGAGACAGUGACAUAAAAGCAAACACAAAUGGUGCUGCUACCAAAUAACCUACAAGGGGCGGAGCUGAGAGGCGGAACUGGAUUGGGCGUUUCUGUAUUACACACCCGGGAUUUCCUUUGAAUUAUUAUUAUUAUUAUUUUUUAAUGUCUACAGAUUUUCCAUGUGUUUUACAGCUGGAUGAAGGAAUAGUAUCAGAUUUAAAGCAGAUAUUUGUUUUUAAAAAGAUUCUUUAACCAAAAAAAAAAAAACACAAAAAAAUCAACAAAAAAAUAAUUCCCAUAGGCAAAAGAAAACUAACAGAAAGACACUCAUGUGUGUUACCUCUCUGGUCAGAAGGGGGCGCAGGAGUCGCCUUCCUGGUGCCACGUGCCCUUGGCUUGUUCUCCAUAGUCUCAGUGCAGAGUCAGAACUCUUAUUAUGGCCACGAGUUGCCUUUGUCCACAGACCCUCAGUAUAUUGCCCCGGCCCCAUGGCAUGAGCAUUAUGUUACAUAUAUACAUACAACCCUCCCACACACGUGGUCUGAAAUCAGUGUUAUUUGCUCCAUGGUGCUGAUGAUGUCACACUUAGACAGGAAGUCCGACGUUGCCUCUUACAUCACUUCCUGCCUCCUUUUGCUUUGGGAGGCCAGAAGGUGAACCUUGCUCUUCCUUGUGUGUUGCUAAUGGGGAGGGGGUAGAUGUUUUCUAUUGUGUUUGUUUACUAGAAGACUCUUAGGUGCUGUUCUUUGUAAUGAUCAAACAUCUCCAGGGGAUUCCAUGUAUUCCUACCAGGGUGGGAGGCCGCACGGCUAUUUUUCUUGCAGUCGUAUUUAUUCAUUUAGACCUAGCUAACCAACUCCACCAGAUCGUGUUCGAAUGUGCUUGAACCCUGGGUUCAGGUCAACAUCACGUUUUACAAUAAAAUCAUUCCGUACCAUCUGUCUCGUCCUAAUUUCCGCAGAAGAUCCGUGGAGGUAACUGGAGUUGGCCUCACUUGUGACCUGGUUAGGUCUUAGUCUAGGAACCUUGUUUCCAGGAAGUACUUAGAUCAUUUCAAUGGCAGAUUAAAACCAAAGUUCUAAACUUUCUACAUCAUGAAAUAAUCAUGGUCAAGUUGGCCUUUCUCUGGUUGGUCUACUAGAGGAGCAAGAAUCCUGGAGUGUAUAGGCCCAGUAAGACACUAACCACCCUCCUUAACAUGUAAGGAACGAGUAAUGUCCAAAAAGUGUCUUCUUAUCUCAAAAUUCUCCUUUCCUGGCCCUCAUUCUGUCUGAACUAGAAGUUAAAGGGAAUAUAAACCCCCCAAAAAUGUUGCCCAAUACAACAUGUCAUUCUGCACACUGCCACAAUAUCCAUUAAUUCUUGGUUUACAGUUCUGUGUAACUGUCAUUUCAAUUGUCCAUCACUGUCUGGCUGCCAUUUUAUUUCUACUCAUGGCUGUUGAAACAAGGUUGCAAUUUCCUCUGAGAAAGACAGGUCUGUUACUCUUGAUACAUUGUUUCACUAGUCAGAACCAGAGUAAAGAAAAUGGCAACCAGACAGAUGGACAAUUGAAAUGACAGUUAGUUCAUGACAAUGAAUGGAUACAUACGGAGAAGUUGCACAAAAUGACAUGUUCCUUCAUUGGGCAGAAUUUUAUUUUGGGUUUUACAUUCCCUUUAAUACAGCUGGAUUUAAUGGACUGGAUUUAUAUGAGGUGGAAUGAAAGGACUAGGCAGGAACUGGUCCACUUUGGGGUUGGACACUACAGAAGAUAUGAAGGUCCUUAGAAAAUGCAGUUGAGGAGAUCUAGAACUUCCAACUGAUCUAGAGAGGGAUGCACUAUACAGACUACUGGAAGUUCUGGAAUUUUCUGGAACAGGAAGAAAUGUUGGCACUUUUCUGGCAGCAGGAAAAAAAGUUGUAGUUUAUAUCAGAAAGUAUGGAGUUUAUCAAAUGAUUAUGUAUAAGGAACAUGAGCCAUAAGACAGGGGUUGGCUUUAUAAAGUGCACUGUGGUGUAUGACUUCUACUUUCAGAUGUGUGAAUCAUUAUGUGUCUCUGUGUAAUUUUCUUAUACCACUAUUAUAUUCAUGGUCUCCCCACCCCCAGUUUAAUAAACAGUUAUUUUUUUGUUAA